AUGAGUUAUAUUAAAGUCUAUGAUAGUGAUAUUAGUGAUCAAUUUACGAAAGUGCAAUUACAUUAUCAAUUAUAUUUUUUUAAUUAUUUGCCUUACGUAUUGAUCGAUGAUCUUCGAGCUAUUGAUGAAAAUGCCAUUGGAUUAUUUGGUCUUGAUAAAGAAAAUGAAAGAGUUGCUCAAUCGAAAUAUGGUGAACGCUUGUAUUUAUAUGCAAUAGAUGGUAUUCCAGUCGAACAUGGACGUUUUAUAUUAAACUAUUCAAAAGGUAAUUUCUUUUAUCUGUUUUGUUUUAAAAUAUAG